AUGGCCGACAAAAGCCACCAACGACUUCAUGACGAGAAAACCACGAUGGCGCUGUCUUGUUCUCCACGGCCCCUGCUCCAAGAGCUCCCGAUGAUGUCUGCUGCCGACCACGCAAAGAGGAAGUUCGAAGGAGGGCCGGAGACGGAGAUACCAAAGCGCGUCAAGACUGGCCCGUUUGUGAUGGACGACGACGACGACGACGAUGAUGAUGACGACACAAAUAAUGUGGGGGGCAAUAGCAUAUUCCAAAGUGAACCUCGACUUGAUACACCUUUACAAAGAUUGGAUGACAUAGUUGGACUUGAGACGGCCGAUAGUUUGUGGCAGAGAAAGGCUGGAGUCCCUGAGGAAGCCCCUGCAAAAAUACAGGCCACGACCGAACAGUAUACGUCCGUCUCAAUCAAGACUUGCUCUGGGAAGGUCAAAUACGUACGGCGAAGGGUGAAGACAGAAAACGUUUCCUAUGAGAAAUUGAUCGCGGAAAGAUCAGUUACCGCUGCCGGGAAGGCAACACGAAGCUAUUACGGAAUUGAUAUACACCAGCUUAUAGACGAGGCUAAACUGUUGGAACCAUCUGCUCCGGCUGUCGUCCCCUCUGUUGAAAGCCAGGUCCCGGCACCUGGCGCUACAAAGCCUGCUCACCGGCUAUGGACAGAGAAAUACCGAGCUAGGAGCUUCAAGGAUUUGAUCGGUGAUGACCGGACACAUCGCACUGUGUUACGCUGGUUAAAGGCGUGGGAUCCGAUAGUUUUCCCAGGCCUAUCAAAGCCGAAACCGAAGAACAACAACAACAACAACAACAACAACAACAACAACAACAACAACAACAACAUUUCCAACGACCUGGAGGAACGAGCACAUCGCAAGAUCCUCUUGCUUACGGGGCCACCAGGUCUAGGCAAGACGACUUUGGCGCACAUUUGCGCAAAGCAAGUUGGAUAUGAGGUUCUAGAAAUCAAUGCCAGUGAUGAACGAAGCCGCACCGUGGUGACAGGGAGGAUUAAGGAUGCUGUCGGGACUGAGAAUGUUAAAGGAGUUACCGUUGUCGAAGAUGGCAAAGCUGUCAGGAAACCAGGCAAGCCGGUCUGCGUUAUCAUUGAUGAAGUCGAUGGUGUCGUCAGCGGUUCUGGCGGGGGAGGCGAGGGUGGCUUCAUGAAAGCGCUCAUCGAUCUCGUACAACUAGACCAAAGAAAUUCCAACAAAUCCAAAACAGAUGGACAGAGCACUGGUCGGAAGGGCAAAAAGAAAGGGGACAACUUCCGGCUGCUCCGUCCACUUAUUCUGAUAUGCAAUGAUGUCUAUCAUCCCAGCCUUCGACCCUUGCGCCAGGCCUCAAUUGCAGAAAUCAUCCACGUUCGUCGUGUCCCGUUCGACCAGGUUGUCCAGCGCGUUAAAAGCAUAUUCGAAAAGGAAGGUAUUCAAUGCGACGCCGAUGGGGCCAGGAAGUUAUGCGAAACCACCUGGGGUGUGAGCGGCACCAGAAACCAGGCCCUUACUCGUGGCACGGGUGAGGGUGACAUCAGAGGAAUCCUGGUGGAAGCCGAGUGGGUAGCACACAAACUUCGGUAUGAUGGCCUCCCAUCUUCGUCCAGGCUGACGAAGAUGUGGCUGGAACGCCAUAUUCUUCACAAUCAGUCAGGGAGCGGCUUAUCCCGUGGACUCGGCCGUGGUGGAGCGAAAGAAAUCGUCAGCCGAGUGUUUCUCGAUGGAGCUGGCUUUCCACAUGAUCGACAGGACAACCAAGGGUUCCAGGACCCGUUCUCCAAAGAAAAGAGCAAAGCGCCUGUCGGAGUGGCAGAGCUCCGUAAGCGCGCAGCGAUCAGCCGGCUGAAUGAAAUGAUUGAUGCCGCAGGAGAGUAUGAUCGCUGUGUAACGGAUUGUUUCCUCACGUACCCUACCCAGACCUUCCAGGAUGAUACCCUCCUCUCCAAACCCAAUGCAGCAUAUGACUGGCUAUACUUCCAUGAUCAGAUAUCCUCCAAGGUCUUUUCAAACCAGGAUUGGGAACUGAACCCCUACCUUAGCCAAGCCACCAUUGCUUUUCAUCAUCUCUUUGCGUCGUCACACAAGUCUGAGGAUGGGUCAAAGAUGGACAUUGACGGUGAUGGGGAAGAAGAACAUCCCUUUGCCGGUCCACGAGCAGAUUUCGCUGCCUUUGAAGCUGAGAAACAAAACCGCGCUAUCCUAGUUGAAUUUCAGUCUUCCCUGUCAGCUCAUUUGAAUCGGACAUUCCACUCUACUGAAACUGUUGUCACGGAGUUGGUCCCCAGUCUUACUCGCAUGCUUGCACCAGAUAUAAGACCUACACUUAUAGGCAACUCCGGCGGCAAGGGAGCCGUUGCGAGCGUGCGCAAGGAUAGCGAGCGGGUCUUGCUUAAAGCUGCAGUAGGCAUAAUGCAUGGCCUGGGCGUGACGUUCGAGAAGACAAAGUUCGAGACCGAAGCGGGGGGAUAUGGAGGCUACAUCUACAGGAUGGAACCAUCCCUUGAUUCUCUCAACAGCUUUUCCAAAGUCAAAGGCACCGCGCUAUCAUCAGGCAGCACAUCUGCACCCGUUCGAUACGCGGUUCGCCAAGCACUUGACCAGGAGUAUCGUAAGAGCUUAAUCAAACGACAAUCAGAAGCCCAGAAUCCCCACCACGGGGGCCCCGGCUCAUCAACAGGCAGCAAUGGCAACGCAAACGCAAAGGAUAACGGAGAUGGUAACAAACAGCCUAAAUGCGGUCGAUCUUUAGGCCCCAAACGGGACUUCUUCGGGAGAAUCAUCCAAGAGAAGCCACCGGGUGAUUCUUCGGAGUCGAGCAAGAGGACCAACUCUAGUGAUGCAAGCAAGAAGGCCAAGAAAGUAUGGGUCAGUUACCAUGAAGGUUUCUCAAACGCAGUGAGGAAGAAGAUCACAAUGACGGAGUUGCUAUUUGGACUGUAA